GGCUGCGCCCAUGACAAGAGUGAGUCCACUUCAAGAGGCACUUGACUAAAUUUUUCAUGGCUAAAAUACAAGAAUUGUUGACUCUGUCUGGUCACCAAGACCGGGUUUGGUGUGUGGCAUGGAAUCCAUCAGGAACAUUGUUGGCAUCCUGUGGUGGAGACAAAGCAAUAAGGAUAUGGGGAAAAGAGGGGGACAAUUGGGUUUGUAAGAGUAUUCUUGCAGAAGGACAUCAAAGAACCAUCCGUAGUGUAGGUUGGUCUCCUUGUGGCAAUUACCUAGCUAGUGCAAGUUUUGAUGCUACCACCAAUAUUUGGAGCAGAAAAGAGGGAGAGUUUGAAUGUAUUGCAUCCCUUGAAGGUCAUGAGAAUGAGGUCAAGGCUGUAUCCUGGGCACCAACAGGGUCAUUACUGGCCACCUGCAGUAGAGACAAAAGUGUUUGGAUUUGGGAAGUGACAGAAGAUGAAGAGUAUGAAUGUGCAAGUGUCAUCAGCAGUCACACCCAAGAUGUUAAGUAUGUUGUAUGGCAUCCAACAAGAGAAAUGUUAGCAUCCUGUAGCUAUGAUAAUACAAUCAAAAUGUUCAAAGAAGAGAUAGAUGACUGGUCAUGCUGUAACACACUCGAGUCCCAUACCUCCACCGUAUGGAAGGUCAGCUUUGAUCAUACUGGUCACCGUUUGGUGUCGUGUAGUGAUGAUAAAACAUUAAAAAUUUGGCAGGAAUAUUUACCUGGAAAUCCAGAGGGAAUAGACACCACGGGGAAAGAAUCGACAUGGAAAUGUGUGUGUACAUUAUCAGGAUAUCAUACUCGAGUGAUUUAUGAUGUUAGCUGGUGUCACACAACUGGUUUGAUUGUAUCAGCCUGUGCUGACGACAGUAUUAGAAUAUUUAAAGAAGAAGAUAUAUCUGACAAGAACCAACCUUCAUUCAGCCUGGUCUGUUCUCAAAACAAGGCUCAUUCACAAGAUGUGAAUUCUGUGUCAUGGAAUCCUAAAGUUCAAGGACUUUUGGCCUCAGGCAGUGAUGAUGGUGAUGUAAAACUGUGGAAAAUGAUGCUUGAUUAAAUCUUACGAACAGAA